AUGCUUUCGUACGCUCACAUAGCUACCCUACUUUGCUCUGUCAUGCCACUGAUCGAGGCUUCGGCAGUGCGAACUGUGCUGCCAGGCACUGGACAGCUAACUCACGGUGUCUCACACAUAUCUAGAGGAAACCCGUCCUUAUCAACCAAAGCUGCGUUGUUGCGAGUGAAGUCCGACGUGCUGGCUCGGCGUGAUGAUGAGGACCCCGAGGGCACCUCAGUCUCUGUCUCAGUCCAUGCCCCCCAAGUCAUACUCAAGAUCUGGGCUGAUUUGAAUCUGGCGGUCGACCAGUGUCGAAGUGCAUUUCAGCAGCAAGCACCGCUUCAGGUCGCCAUCGAGGUAGCCAGCUCGCUUUCGGUUCAAGUCAAUAAAGUGAACAAUCAAGCCAGUCAAUGCGGCUGCAGCAACGAUCCUGCUGCUGCCGAUGUUUCUGUCAAGUUAAAAGCUAUAGUCCCCCCUCUGCUCUUGUCACUCCAGGCAGUUAUCCAAAUUGGCCCUCAAAACUAUGCAGAUGCUUGGGAUGCUCAAUUGAAGCCCAUCUUUCACGAUUGCUCAAAGGUCUUCGUCUCGCUGAAGAAAAUCUCGCUCGAAUUGAACAUUGACCUGGAGGCCAUAGUCAAACAGCUCCAUCUAGACCUUAACGUGUUCUUGAGCGUCGGUAUCGACCUCAACUCCUUGUUAGGUUUACACGUUGAGCUUUUGGGACUCAUCUCACUUUAG